GCCCAAAGUUAUAUGAAUAAUUAUGUCUAUUUCGAUUUCAUUUUAACUAUCAUCUAUAGCCACUGUACUUAUUUUUCAUUCUAUUUUAUUUUGAUGGUCCUAAUUUUGGGGCACAGACUAGAUGCACAGACCACACCUACUUCUCUCCCCCGAUCAACUUUUAGUUAUGAAAGUCGUUUUAAAAUAUGUGUUAAAUAAGUAAAUAAAUAAAAAAGGGAAAUGAUAGGAUACAAUAAAAUAGGAUUAGAUUUAGGAAUACAAAGGGGUAGCUGACUUGUGAGAGAAUGCCAGGUCAUACAAGAUUUUAGUAUGUAUUGACUACACGCUGAUAAAAAGUAAGUGCUGACUGCAUGGCCCUAACGUUACACUUUUGAAUCCCUGUAUGAUAUACCCCAAAAGAUCCCAGUUGAAUUAUGCGACAUGCGGGAGACGCUAGCGGAGUUUCAAACUAUAAUAUGAUUCCGCAACCCCAUUCUUUAACCCCUCAUGAGAUCCGACGAAAAUUCGGGAAACCAACAACCAGAGCUCAUUGACCUCUCAAUCGAGGCAGGAUGAAAUGCAAUGUCGAACAGAUUACGUCACAAGUCAUGUGUUGCUUGCGUCCGGAUGAAGCGGAAAUGUGAUCGAGGCUGGCCUCGCUGCCAGCGUUGUAUCAAAAGGGGCUCGGAAUGUCACUAUAUCGGCCAAGACUGUAAUCGGCAGCAGAACAAUACUGCUAUGCAGCCGCUAGUCUCUAGCCAACAGCAGUUUUUUGGACAAGCAUCAAGCAAUUGGCAAGUGGAGCAGUAUCAUGUGGAACCUUCGUCAGCGAUUACACCAUUCUGGGAUGGGGCGCCCUUACAGUUUACAGGCAAUUUCCACCUCACCAGUCUCUUUGACGGUAACAACUUCGACUUUUCUAACAUAGAAACCUCUACUUCUCAACAGAUCUUGAGCAAUCCCGACUUAGCCAUCACCCAAGCCAGCUCAGAUCCGGGACUCCUGCCCCGAGUGAACUUCAUGGCAAAACGACUUGCUAUGAUUCCGAGAGCAUUCGCACAGCAUGGUCAUACUAUCUUUAUCCACAGGAUGCAGUUCCAGCAAAACCCUUCUGUAGCUUUGUAUGACGCAAUGAGCGCUUGUGCAUUGUAUCACAUGAGAGGUGCGAUGAAUGAAGCAUUUGUGUUUGGAAAUUUGGAGCUUAAAUGCCAGCAAUUGAUUUCCAGUAUCAAUGCUAACAUAUCAUUCGUCACCAAAACAGAACUUCUCGCAGCUCUGCAAGCUCUUUUACUUUACCAGAUGAUCCGGUUAUUUGAUGGUGAUAUUCGUUUAAGAGCACAUGCGGAAUUCGAUGAACCAAACGCAACCUCGUGGGCAGCGCAACUCAACAACAUGAUCUGUCAUGACCACCAGAAUAUGGUUUUUGAUCCCAAUUCGACAGAGAUGAGUAUCGUGACCACGGGUAUUGAUUCAAACUGGAAUUCCUGGCUUGUGAAUGAGAGCAUACGAAGGACCGUCCUAGUUACAUUCAUGCUGAACGGAGUUUACAAUUUCCUGAAACUUGGUUAUUACACCCCAACGAAAUCACCUCAAUGCUUCACCGCCCAGGCAGCACUCUGGGGUGCGCAAUCCGCUCAUGAUUGGAUUAGAGCCCAAGAAACAACAGCGAGACUCGAAAUAUGGGUUGCGCAUUGGGAUGAGAUGAUAGCGAAUGUAAAACCGGCAGACUUGGAAGAGUUUGGUGUGUUGGUUAUGAUGAUGCUAUGGGGGGUUGAAGCCACGCAGAUCUGGUUGGGGGAUUCGCAUACCGAAUAUGGGUUUGAAGACAUUUUAAAGAAAUGAGAUACUCAUUCUGAUCUUGAUACACACAUCAUUGAGAAAUCGCAUGUGCCUACCUGUUGAUAUGAGGCAUGGAUGAACUGCGCA